GCAGCUCCACAUUCAGAUGCUGAGUGGAGCAGCCGAAGGUGGGAGGAGGGAACGUUUUACAGGGAAGAACCAAACCACGACUCUUUUCGCGUUUAAGGAAGAAGAAGAAAAAAAAAGAAGAAGAAAAAGAAAAAACGCCCUUCGAUGCCACACGGAGGGGUUUUCCCUCAACACCUACAGCACUUCUGUCCUGGUCGCAGACGCUGCUGCAAUCAACGCGUCCUGAGCGAUCGGCGCUCGGCAGCAGCAGCAUCAGCAUCUCGUUGCAUGAAAUGCGUCACCGCGACCCGCUUCUCCCAUUUACGCACAUCGGCUCUCCACUCACGGACUGCGCUCCGAACUGACGAUUUCAUCCGGUAACCACAUGGUGUCACCACGCUGAGCCCCGGAGAGCAGGUAAGAAGGCUACUGGGGUCACAGAGACCAGCGCGUCCGGAGACAAACGCGGAGCGGAUGACGGCCAGAACCCCCGAGGCCUCCGGACCGUCGGUGCCGUUGCACCGCUGUCACGGGGUCUUCCAGGCCCGCAACGGCACCUGCGCGGAGCCCAUCAGCUUCUUCCCGCCGUUCUCCUCCACCCUGGCGCUCCUCGUGCUGGUGGCCGUGCUCGCGGGGAUCGUCCUGGUCUCCCUGGCCACGUUCCACUUCCACAAGAGGAAGCUUCGGAAGAGGAAGAUCCUGCGCGCCCAGGAGGAAUACGAGCGCGACCGCCGCAGCCCCGCGCGCGGGGAGCCCGCGAGGCCGUGCGUCAUCGUCCGACCGGCGAGGCGCGAGGAGCGACCCUCGUGCCGGGACGCGGAGACCGGGGACGCCGGGGUCGCCGCGGCGGGGGGUCGAACGGGCGCCGCUGCAGACGGCUCCUCUUGACUGUUCACUUGGUGCCACUUCAGGGAACGAGACUGUGGAAUAAAACAGGAAAAGCAAUAAGGCACAAAGAACUCACAGCCCCGUCUCCGCCGCGUGUAGGUGAAACAGUUAGUGCAGAAUAGUCGACUGCGUUGGCAGGUAGGAUAGUCACGUGGGCCACUCACCUUCCCUGUACACUAUUCGGCCGACCGGUAACUCCUUAUGGGGCUGUAUAAAGUAUUUGCCUGCUUUGACUUUUGGACCUCUUCCUCUUCCCCGGCCUAGAACGUUUAGACCACAGAGAUGUUUAAACUUUUAAACCUUCCAGAGAUGUGACACACACGGUUGUGUUUAAAUUAUUUAGAGUUUGGUGACACAACACAGACCACAUUGGCUCGCUGAUCUUCCUUGGCAUGUCUCUCUGACACACUACCAGUAUGUAGUUAGACUAUAAUGGAUGUUGUGGUGCUGUUAGGCAGUGCAAGGCUGCAUAUAGGCUGUAGACUAUGGCUUAUUUGUUUGGUUGUAUGUUUUCCUUCAAUUAAGUGACUUAGCAUAUUUGCCUCAAGUACUGUCCUCUGAUGUCAGUUAGACAUCUGUAGGUAGCUCUAGUUAGCCUGACAGGCUGCAAGAUUCUUUGCUGUAGUGAUGCACAUUUUAUUUAUGUGUCAGAUAGUAAUUCUUAGCGCUAAUACAGUAUUUUGAUUUUGGAGUAUUUAGGCUAUAAUGUAUUCUCUGACAUGUAAUGAAUUGAGAAUCCUUCCAACAGAGGGUUUCAUUUUAAGCCCGUCUAUUUAUUUUUUAUGCUUCAUGUUGUAUCAUGGUGGGUCGAAGAGCAGUGGGGUCUCAUUUAUUAUAUGAAUUCACUAUAAAUGUAUGUCAUUAUGAGAGCUGGAAUGUUUUACAGUAUCGUCAUCUUUCUGGAGUUCAUAUAAUCUGCCUUAUCAAAAGGAAAUAUGUAAUAUUCUAAGUUUAUAAAUAAAUACUUACAUUAUGUUCAGCCUUCAAA